GGUUCCCAGCAGGAGUGACCCUGGGACACGAGGUUAUAACUGAACCGGUCGGCACCGCUGGCUUCAGGAGACACUCCGCAGACACCAGGGAACAGAGGAGAGGUGUUGGAUGAAGCCAUCCCCAGCAUGGGGCAGAUAAACCAAACGGGGAGGUACGACGAGGAGAUCGACGUCAAGGCGCUUCAGGAGAUGUACAAGAUGUUUGUGGUGGAGUGUCCCAGCGGCGUGUUGUUCCUGCACGAGUUCAAGAGGUUCUUCGGGGUGGACCCGACGGGGGAGGCGUCGGACUACGCUGAGGCCAUGUUCCGGGCGUUCGACAGGAACGGGGAUAACACCAUUGAUUUCCUAGAGUUUGUGGCGGCGUUGAACCUGGUUUUCCGAGGCGACUUGGAGCACAAGCUGCGCUGGUCGUUCAAAGUGUACGACAAAGACAGCAACGGCUACGUGGACCGCAGCGAGUUGCGCUCCAUCAUCGACAGCAUCUACCGAGUGAACAGAAGCACCAAGAGAGAGUGGAAGGACGGCCCGCUGAGCGUGGACCAGGUGGUGGAUGGGAUCCUGCAGGCGGUGGACUCCGACCGAGACGGUCAUAUUAAUCUCUACGAGUUCAUCCGAGGGGCCCAGCAGGACCCCUGGGUGCUGAACAUGUUGAAGCUGGACAUGAACCCCGCCGGGUGGGUGCUGGAGCGGAGGAGGAUGAGCGCCCACUUCUGAAGGGGCCCAGAGGGACGGACCACCGUCUGAUGUCCCACUACUGCCACUCUUAUCUCAGUGCUUGAUGUUCUUAGUGUUCUUUACAUCCUUCUAGCAUUGUGUGGAUUUGUAUUUGUAAUGUCUGUGCACUGCUUUUCAUGCCCGGCUGCAUAGAAAGUGUCCCUUGCUGGAUGAUACGAUAGGAACUGAAAUGAAGUAGAAGUUAUAAAAACAUUUAUUGGUACGGUAUUACAAUUCAUCAAGCAAAUAAGUUUCAAAUUUGUUUUGGAUUGAUAUUUUCUCAUUAUUUAAAAAAUAGAUGAGGAAUUGUUCUGGAACCGCAGUUGGGACCUACUUCCUGGUGGGGAUGGGUGCAGCAUCCUUCAGAUUUCAGAGUCGCUCACUAUCUUCCGAAAAAGACUCAAGACUCACCUGUUCAGAGCCCAGCUCGACACUGCAUAGCCAC